AUUCCUCUUCCAAAGUUCCCUUUCCUCUUUCCUCUUUCCUCUGUUGCGCUUGCUUUCGCUGUGCUUCGCUUUGAGAAUCAAUGCCUCUAUCAAGAAUCGCGGAAUCUCUCUCCGUUGCUAUUGCCCAGCUCCAGACCAAGCAGCAUGGAUGAAGUUGAACAGUCGAUCGACUGACUGAAAGAUUUCGCUUUGCUCCUCUUUUGCGCUUGGCAGCAGGACUCCAUGGAAUGCCCCCCCAAGAUGCGAUUUUGAUCGUUUCCCGUGAGAAAGUCUUGGAACGGACUUCCUGGGACGAUGCCGCGCAAAUUUAGUCACGGCCUUGAUUAUGAUGAUGAAGACUACGAUGAUGACUACGACUACGACGACGAUGUUGAUUAUGAUGCAGAAGAUAAUGGCAAUUCACCUAAGCCAAAUCAAGAGACCACCAGGUCUGCUGUUUGGCGUUGCUCCAUUUGUACCUACGAUAAUGACCAGAGCAUGACCGCAUGUGAUAUUUGUGGGGUUCUUCGAAAUCCUUUGUUGAGUGUCAUCAGCAAUGGCAAUGACCUGAAAACAGUGCCUUUUAAGUUUGACGUCCCAUCCCCAGAUGAUGUAGUCACUAAUGGAUUGCACUCCUCCAAAAGGGGUCUGAAAGCAAGUGCAACCGUAAGGAAGGAUAACACUUCUGCUCCGAUGACCACAAGAUCAUCAAAUAGCUCAUCUUUUAUGAUGUCAAAGGGCAGAAAUGUCACUGGUAACGAGAACAAUCGAGUAAAAGAUGAAGAGCGUAAUCUAAGAUCAAGUGCUAAAAGUCCAGGCACCUCGUCAAGCUAUCAUGAGGGUGGGGUUGAGUACACUUUACCAACGGAUGGGAUCAAGCCGCAAAGUCUUGUGCGUAGUUUAGACAGUGUCUCUAUUAAUGAUAGAGGUGGCACUGGAAAAGGUGCUUCUCAGGGGCAGUAUAAACCUGAAAAAUGGAUGCUUCCUGAAGCAGAAGAUGGCUUAUUGAGUCAGCUGAAUCUUGCCAUUGUGGGGCAUGUUGAUUCUGGGAAAUCAACACUUUCAGGUAGACUUCUGCACCUGUUGGGACGAAUAUCUCAAAAGCAGAUGCACAAGCAUGAAAAAGAGGCCAAACUAGAGGGCAAGGGGUCCUUUGCUUAUGCUUGGGCAUUGGAUGAGAGCCCAGAGGAAAGGGAAAGGGGAAUAACCAUGACAGUGGCAGUUGCUUAUUUUGAUACCAAAUAUCGUGUUGUUGUGCUGGACUCCCCAGGGCAUAAGGAUUUUGUUCCGAACAUGAUAUCAGGAGCCACACAAGCUGAUGCCGCAUUGCUCGUCAUUGAUGCGUCCAUUGGUUCUUUUGAAGUUGGCAUGGAUGGUAGUAAGGGCCAAACUAAAGAGCAUGCACAGCUUAUCAGAAGCUUUGGAGUAGAUCAACUUAUUGUUGCAGUUAAUAAAAUGGACGUCGUGGAGUACUCAAAGGAUAGAUUCGAUUUGAUCAAACAGCAACUUGGAACAUUCCUCCGGUCUAGCGGUUUUAGGGACUCAUCGGUAUGUUGGAUCCCUCUGAGUGCCAUGGAAAAUCAAAAUCUGGUCACAGCUCCUUCAGACGUUCGUUUACUAUCCUGGUAUAAGGGACCAUACUUGUUGGAUGCUAUUGACUCCCUCCAACCUCUAACGAGGGAUGUUUUGAAACCUCUAGUCAUGCCCAUAUGUGAUGUUAUUAAAUCACCUUCGAUGGGUCAGGUCUCUGCUUGUGGUAAAUUGGAAGCUGGAGCUCUUCGAAGUGGAGUGAAGGUUCUUGUCAUGCCAUCAGGGGAUGUGGGGACAGUCAAGUCUUUGGAACGUGACUCUCGCCCAUGUGCAAUCGCGAGAGCUGGGGAUAAUGUUGCUGUGGUUCUUCAGGGAAUUGAUACAAGCAAAGUGAUAUCUGGGGUCCUUUGUCACCCCGAUUUCCCCAUUUCCAUUGCAACGCAUCUGGAGCUGAAAGUGCUCGUCUUGGAUGGUGCUUCCCCCAUUCUGAUCGGUUCUCAGUUGGAAUUUCAUAUUCACCAUGCAAAGGAAGCUGCGAGAGUUGAAAAAAUGGUGUCAUUGCUCGAUCCUAAGACUGGCAAGGUGAUGAAGAAAGCCCCACGGUGUCUCCUUGCAAAGCAGAAGGCAGUUAUUGAGGUGGUUUUGCAAGGACCAGUUUGUGCAGAAGAGUUUUCGAGCUGUAAAGCUCUCGGAAGGGUCUCCUUAAGAGCACUGGGGAGAACUAUUGCUGUAGGAAUUGUCACUCAAGUAAUUGAGAAAGAGCCAUAGCAUUUCCGGAACUAAAUAUUUUUGAUUCUUCGGAAAAUGAUCAUGUCAUGGCAUGGCAUGUUUACUAUUGAGCAACGGCCAUGGUGUCGAGUAAAACAUCAAUUUUUAAUGGAUGAUAAGAGGGACAAGUUGUAAGAUAUAGAUAAUACAGAGAAGACUCGAUGGGACACGAUAGAGGCGCUUACAGUAUCUUCUCAGGCUAAAAGACGAUUGGCCAUUGCAUACCAAGGCAAAGAAGAGCUGGGUGGGUUAUAGUUCAGAGCCUAAUCCCAUUGUAACAUGGAGUAUUUUUUCAUUCUUUGACUAUGUUACGGAGGGAAGAAAUUAUUUAUUUCAAGUUGUCUUUCCAGCAA